AUGUAAAUUAGUUUUUGCGCACCCUGGGGAUUCCAGGAUGAUGAUAGCGAACUGAUAAAUUGCUUGGAGUCUCUCUUAAUGAAACGGCUUCUGGAACGUGCAGAAUUCAUUGAGGGAAUCCAAGACCUCAUUCCACCCGAAUCCAAUACAUUUCACGGGCGAAUGAAGAAGAACUAUGCUCGUCCAGCCAUUCGAAUUGGUUAA